CCUUACGCAUGCGCAGCGAUGAAAUUAAAACUCGGCAAAGAAACAAUUUUCUCAUAAAAUAGAGUUUUAUCUUCUCAUUCAAUCACUCUAUAUCAUACAAAUUAGACAGAUGACACCUCAGGACAAAACGUUUCAAAGAUGAACUGUUUUUCGAAAAGUUGGAGUCACAAGUUUUAGGAGCAUGCGCGUUCGGUCAUCUUCAGAUGCCAUCUUGGAAUCGGAGAACCCACAAAUGUGAAUGCUCACAGUUUCUGCUCUGAAAUGGAUGAAAACACCGUUCAGGGCAAAAGCCUGAAGUGAAUACAUCUGAAGGAGAGCAACAAUCCUUACCAAACAAUCACCAACCUUUGCCAAGCAACUCACAAUCUUUACCAAGCAACAACUCACAAUCUUUACCAAGCAACCAGCAAUCUUUAUCGAAAACAACUUCCCAGAAUGAACAAGGCCUGAAUGACCAAACCCAGACUCAACAAGGCCCUUCCCAAGUAAGAUUGGUUCAACAUGGCCUGAAUCAACAAAGACUGAAUCAGCAAGGUCUUAAUCAACAGAGACUGAAUCAGCAGUACUUUACUCAACAAAGAAUAAAUCAAGUUAAUCAACAGAAUCUUACUCAACAAGCCAUUAUUCAGCAAGGUCUUACUCAACAAGGACAAACUCAACACAGACUUACUCAAGCUCAGCAGAUUACUCCAUGUAAUCUAACAGCUGGCAAUCUCACGUUUCCAACAUCCUGGCAGCUGAGCCCACAACUACAGAACAUCCAGCAAUUAUCAAAACCAUCUUGUGUGGUCCAGCCUAGCAUAUUCAACCAGCCUAGCACGCUACUGCCAAGCACACUACCGUCUGCCACAAUAAAACCUAGCACACUACAGCCUAGUCCAUUGCAGCCUAACACUCUGCAGCCUGUCACACUACAGCCUAACACAAUACGGCCUGGCACACUACAGCCUAGCACACUACAAGCUAGCACAAUACAGCCCAACGCACUAAGGAACCUUCAACAGGUGGUCCUCACCCAACAACAGGCUAUUAAAGCACAACAAUAUAACAUCUCGCAGUCUCAGCAGUAUGCAGCUAAUCUUGCACAACUGAAUCUUUUCCAACAUCAUGCAAAUAGUCAACAACAAGUAAAUAAUCAGACACAACAAGUGAAUGAUCAGGUACAACUAGUAAAUAAUCAAACAGAACAAGUGAAUAACCAGAUACAACAAGCGAAUAAUCAGACCCAACAAGCGAAUAAUCAGAUACAAAAAGUACAAAAUCAGAUACAACAAGGGAAUAAUGAUCAAGCACAACAAGUAAAUGAACAGAUACAACCAGCGAAUUAUCAGACAUCAGCAAAUGAUCAAUUACAGCAAAUGAAAAAUCAAAUGAGCCAGCUGAGUAAUCACAUGCAACAAGGAAAUAAACAAAAUCAACAAUUAAGUAAUCAGACCCAUCAAGUUCGCAGUCACACAGUUAUAGAUCAAGUCCAGAAAGAGGCUAGUAGUGAACCACAAUCCCCGAGUCCAUUCAAUCCUGCUUUCAUUGAGACUGAUCUCACUACACCGCUUUUUCCUCCUAAGAAAACAACCACUUCUGAACAUGCUAAACCAACAGAUCCACUAGAUAAAAUGAAUCUUAGUACUACUCCAGGGAAAGGGUCAGUUACAGCGACCACUGCCACACAACAAAGUAAUGUUACUAUGGCAACAGGUUCAGCUGCUCCAGGUGGAUUGAACCAACCUCAAAUCCAACCUGCACCUGCAGUGCAAAUUGCCAUGAGCCAAGCUCAAAACACAGUCCAGAUUGGGGCUGGUCAGCAACAAGGUCAACUUCAAGGGGCAAACACAGUCCAAAUUGGAGACCAACAAUUCCAGAUUAUAAACUUUCCGUUGUUGAGUCCCGGGGCAAAUGUGACACAGGCACCAAACUUUCAGACACAGGUCAGAAACAUUGUCCCUGUCACCCAGGCCCAACAGAUGAGGCUAAGUGGAAGUAAUAUUCAGCUCCCUAUCAGAUUCAUCAACCCCCAGGGGGUGGCCCCACGGGCAGCUUCUGGGGCCCAACAGACAGUCAUGACCAUGGGAAACUCAUUGAAUGUUGGUAACAUUGGGAAUAACCAGCGGUUCAUUCUCGCUAGUCCCUUACAACCCGGAGCUAUACAACAAGGAGUAAGAAUGUUGAACCCUACCCAGGUAUCAAAUGUCCAGACAAUACAGCAGCCUAAUGUUCAUACCAUACAACAAUCUAAUGCUAUCAUGUCAGGAGGCAAAAUGAGUGUCAUGACACCAGCACAGACUAGGCCAAUGGUUGGUCAAGCUCAGCAGAGACCAAUCCUCCCAGCACACCAGAAUACUAGUAAUCGCUACACUCAACCCCAGAAUAUACCAACUCCAAGGCAGAUCUCUCCUUCCCCACAAUUUCAAAACCAGAUUGUGAAUAACAUGCAGAACAUGGUGACGAAUCUGCAAAGUUUUGUCAGUCAGGAUUCUCCACGAGUAAAUGUACUUCCAGUUCAUAGCCAAUCAUCCCAGAGGUUACUCUCUGCCCCCAGUCUUAGUCAACAGUCCCACCAACCUCCAGUUAGUCUCACCCCUCAGCCAGCCCAUCAGCCAAAACCUGCCCACUCAGGCUCUGUAGGAGGUCUCAAGUACUCCCCACCUAUACAGCCACCUCCUGCCCACACAGGAGCAGUGCAACCAAGAUCAGCUAUAUCACCGAAUCCCCAAAUAAGGAGUAUGCAGCAGACACCACGUGCGGCACAUAAGAUGCCUGUUAUGACUUCUAAGCCUCCAUCCCCAUUUGUUCAUAGGAUACUUUCUCAUGUACCUAAUGUGCAGGCAUUACGGCCCCGUCUAGGCCAGCAACAAAAUGGCAGCCAACAACAUAGUGGUGCUCAAUCUGGUCACCAGAGGGUGCUCAUAAGUGGUGGGCAACAACACAUUAUGAGAGAUAACUCAGAUCUAAGCUCAUCUUAUCCUGUUCAACCAGGAGGGAUAAAUCCAGGGGGUCAGCCUAGGAGUAUGAUGCCCCUCUCAGUGAGCACGGGUCAGAACACCCCACCUGCUAGGUCCCAGGCUAUGCCUCCCAGUGCCCCAGCAGCUCACUCAAACAGGUCCCCAUCCCUAUCUCCUGCCAUAAUUGGCCCUAACCAGGUACCCCCUUAUGCCCACACACCCUCUUCACCACAUAUGCGUUCUACCCCCUCUCCCCAUGUUCAUCCUUCUAUAUCCCCCCACAUUCACUCCUCAAUAUCCCCUCAUAUCCAUCCUGCUGUCUCCCCACAACGACACCCUUCUAUAUCCCCCCAGUCUCAACUUCCAGCACAUACUCCCAUCCUUCCCAUGCCUUCAAACCCAAUAUUCCCAACUUCAUCUCCUCUUGCAAUAGCAUCCUCAAUAAACACUGCGACACCCACAAUGUCUCAACCAGUAAAUCUACAUAAGCCAGCCUUUCAAAGCCCACAAAUUGCCCCAAGAGGCAAAUCACCAAUAUCUCCAAGGCAACGACCCCCAAAAUCUCCUGGAUCCCCCCGUAGAUCAAGAUCUCCUGGACGGGCAUUGCCUAGUCCGUUGAGAGUGCCACAAAUCAAAUUCAGCUCAACUUCUACUAACAACGUGCAAAACAAGAAUGUAGUUCUGUCAUCAGACCAAGACACAAAGCCUCUAGAUGGUCCUAUUGAAAAGAUGGAUGUUGAUGAAGAUGGACAUAAACAAGCAAAUGGAGUACCUGUAGAAUAUAACAAUGAUGAAGAGUUUGUUUGGGAUGAGUACCUGGAGGAUACUGGAGCUAUUGCAGCGCCACCUACUUCCUUUAAACAUGUCGAAGACAGUUUACAAAGUGGAUUCACAAAGGGAAUGAAACUUGAAGUUGCAAAUAAGACAAGUAACUCCACCUAUUGGGUGACAUCUGUUGUCAUGACGUGUAAUCAGUUGCUAAGGUUACGCUAUGAUGGUUAUGGCGAGGACAGUUCUGCAGACUUCUGGUGUGAUAUUCAAACUUCUGAUAUCCAUCCCAUUGGGUGGUGUGCACAGAAUGGCAAGUCACUUCAACCCCCAGAAGCUAUAAAGAACAAAUACACCAAUUGGAGUGAAUUCCUAGUGAACACACUAACUGGGGCUAGAACUGCCCCUGCAUACUUACUGGACAAGACUACUGGGACGACACCUAUUGAUCAGAUUAAGCAGGGGAUGAAGCUAGAGGCUCAACAUGUUCUUUCACCUACUACAGUGUGGAUCGUUGAGGUGCUAGAGAAUGUUGGUGGACGUUUGCUACUUCGCUAUGAGUGUGCACAGACAGCAUCACAUGACUUCUGGCUGUUCUACCUGGACCUGAGGUUGCACCCCCUUGGAUGGGGUCAGGAACAGCGCUUUCAGUACUUCCCUCCAGCAGAGUUACAAGUUGAUGCUGCUACUUGGAGUGAGAGAUUGAAUGCGAUAUUUGAUGAUACAGAACAACCAAUCUUGCCACCAGAUAUAUUCAAGGACCAAGAAAAACUAGAAGAGCACAAGUUCCAAUUUGGUUGGAAGUUGGAAGUUCUCGACACCAAUAACCACACAGAUGUAUGUCCAGGACACGUCAUAGAGGUCGUCAACUCAAACUAUUUCAUUGCAGAGAUUGACGAUCUUUCAGACAAUCCCGAAAAGUUACGAGUGUGUUGCCAUAAGAACACUCCUGGUAUAUUUCCAGUUGAUUGGUGUAAAUGGAAUGGGGUUCGCCUUGCUAUCCCAAGAGGCUGGCCAAAAGAUAAAGAAUUCAACUGGCAAGAAUACAUGGAAGAAACCAAAACCACCCCUGCCCCUGAAAAUGCCUUCAACUUGAAACAUGCCCCAGAACAUGACUUCGAAAGAGGAAUGAAAAUGGAAGCUGUUAAUCCAAGGGCUCCUCACCAGAUUUGUGCAGCCACGAUAACAAAGAUUAUUCACCAUUUGAUCUUCGUGCACUUGGACAGUUCUGCUACAGUGAUCGGCAGUCAUAUCCUAGGGGUGAAUUCACACCAUAUUUUUCCUGUGGGGUGGUGUGAGAGUAACGGGUACCCCAUCAAACCACCGAGGAAUCUAGCCAAGUUGAAAAGGUCCCGAGAUGCCAUAGUAGCUCCAACCAAGAACAAUUUGACACCAGAUGAGUUCCGCUCUCACACAUACUCUGAAAUAAGAAAUGGAGAGGCAGGAGGUAAACCAGGAUGGUGCCCUAAGAUCUACUUCAACCACAGGUGUUUCUCUGGUCCCUUUCUUAGCAAGGGACGAAUUGCAGAUCUGCCUAAGUGUGUGGGGCCUGGGCCUAUUGUCCUUGUGUUGAAGGAGGUGCUUUCCUUACUCAUCAAUUCUGCCUAUAAAUCUAGUCGGGUGCUAAGAGAAGUGCAAUUAGAUGGGGCCCAUAACCCCAAGAUGUAUCAACAACAGCUCAAAGCUAAGUACAAGGGUAAGAGCUACAGGGCUACAGUUGAGAUAUGUCAGAACAACGCUCAAAUCGAGGAGUACUGCAGAAUGCAAUGUAUCAAGCUGCAGUGUUGCCCGUACCUCUUCAGUCCACACUAUGUCAAUGACAAUUGCCCAGAGAACUGCAACAACCUUACAAAGACUAAAUACAAUAUGGUUUAUGGCACAAAGAAGAAGAAGCGUAAGAUUGGACGUCCACCUGGAGGUCACACUAAUCUUGAGGAAGGUGACAAGAAAAAGCCGGGUAAACGUGGUCGCAAGCGUAAAAAGUUCUUAUUCAGUCCAAGAAAACAGCUGCAGGCAAAUGCUACAAAAUUGCCUAAUGGGGAUAUGAUUACCCAUAAUGCAUCAAAUCUAGCAGACGGUGCAAUGAAGAUUGAUGAUGAUGCUCAAAGUGUACAUAGUCGGAUUAGCACAGAUAGUCAAAUGACAGAAAAGACUUCCGAUUCAAGGGAUUUUGAUCCUGAAUUCAGACCACCAAAGAAGAAGUACAUAAAGCAUAAUGUUGUAGUGAAGUCAGAUAUCAGGACUCGAGGAAAGAAGUUACCGAGUUUCGGACUGGCUAAGAAAACCAGGAAAAAGAAGCUGAUUCUGACAAAUGGUGACUUGAAUGGUUUAGAAGAACCUCCGAAAUCCGCAUUCCAGCCCGUGGAACCAACUAAUGUGGAACCUCCAUUAAAACUGGAGAGCAACCCCCUCUAUUGGAGCGUUGAUGAAGUGGCUGAAUUUAUUACAACUACUGACUGUGCCAACCUCUCCAGGAUUCUGGCUGAACAGGAGAUAGAUGGCCAAGCCUUACUUCUGCUCAGUCUGCCUUCUCUACAAGAACACUUAGAAUUAAAACUGGGCCCUGCAAUUAAACUUUGUCAUCAUAUUGAACGAGUGAAGUUAUCAUUUUUCGACCAAUGGGCCGAUCUCAGUAAUAUCCAGCGUUCAUGACUAGACGAGGAGGUGCUACACUCCCAGGUUAUUGUACGAAAAAGUGAUGAGAUUCUUCCUGAUUUGUCAAUUUGUGUCAUGUGAUCUCUGUAUAUUGAACUGUAAUAUAUUUUGUACACAACUGCUUCUAAAAGGAUAUAGUAUUGUAUAUUUAUAAUGAGAUUUUUUGUAUGAUCAUAGAUGAUAUAUUGUAUAGAGAUGGUAUAUUAGAAGUGAAUUUAAAUGAACAUUUAGACAUGAAAAAAAUUAAGUCAGCGUUGCUUAAAAACUAAACAGUAAAAAGUUGUAGCUUUCUAUUGGUAUAUGAUUUUGUAUGCUGCUGGAGUUGAUUGUGAUGAAUAGCUAUCUGUAGAAGAUGGCUAACAAAGAAAUGAUGGCUUAUAAAUUGAGUUAGAAUAGUAAAGCAUGCAAACCAAGCUCAAUUGACGUAAAUGUGAUGUAGAAUAGUACGUUAUUGUAGUUAAAGUCAUCCUUCGAAUGCAGGGCUCCAAGACCCAGAAUAGGGGGGUUCUGUAGCCCUCUGUGCUUGUUGGAUGAGUUCAAGUGCAUCCUCCAAACGCAGAGCUCCAGACUUCAUCCACUUAGUUCCUUCCUCCUCGUACAAGGUACGAGUUCUGUUGGCCUGUGUUUGGUGGAUGAGUUAGAGUGCAUCCUCCAAACGCUGUGCUGCAGACAUCAUCCACCCAGUUCCUUCCUUCCUCCACGUACGAGAUACGAGUUCUGGAGGCAUGUGUUUGUAGGAUGAGUUCAAGUGUAGAGAUUACUUUAAGCACUGUAUUGUAUAGCUAAUUCAAGGUAGGUCAAAUAAUCUGACCAGAUAUCUUGGACUGUGACAUCAGUAUGUCUAGUCAGGUUUUAAUUUUUUUUACUUGCCCUGUCUUAAGUUUUGUAAAAAGGUUGAAGUAUCUCAGUCUUCCCCAAAGCAUAACUGAGGAAAGUAUGAAAACCAGACUUGAUGAAAAACUGCAUUUUAAUCAAAUUCCAUUAUGGACAUGAUAAAAGGCAAUUAAGGUGGGUAAUUCUGUCUAACUAACGUACAGUAAUACAGUAAUACCAUGCAUGAACAUAUCCAAAAAUCAACCAAGUAGGUCCACCUUAAAUGUGUUUGGAUAUAAUAUAUAUAUAGGGUGGGGCAAAAAAUGUUACCAUUCUAAUUGUUUACUCCUACGAUAACUAAUUUUUUGGCUCACCCUGUAAUUUUCUUUUUGAGUUAUUGAAUUAGUGAUGAAUUGAGGAUGGGUGUAUGGCAUACAGUGUAAUUGUACCUGACUAGGAGUCAGUGUGAACAUGGAUAUAUUACCAUGUGUAGCCUCCAUAUCAUUUAAGAAAAUUCUAAUUUGUUGUUUAUUACAUGUAUAACCAUAUUAUGUUAUUUUUGCCCAGCAAGAAUUGCUCAGAUUCAUUUUGUUUUUUUGUCCUGUGAAGUCACAGAUGCAAGGAUCAUUGUCAAGAUGAAAUGUUGACAAUUAAAUUUGAAUUUUUUUUAACCAAACAUUUGAAUAUACUGUGGUUGUUAAUCAAUGUAACUAUGUUUCUCAGUUGGACCAUUGAUGUUUAGAAUACUGUAAAUUGCUUUGGUUUGACAGCAGAUUUAAUUUGGCUGAUUUGGGGAUUGAUAAAAAUUGCCAGAUUAGUCCCAAACCAAUUUUUGGAAAAUGAAAUGACCAGGGAUUUUCGUUCAAUCUUGAUUGAAACAUUGAUAAAAUGUCAAUUUGA